AUGAUUCUAGUCAAAGGAAAAGUCGUUGAAUGCGUCGGCGACGAAAUGAUGGCAAUUAUUUGGGAGAAGAUAAAGUACAAACUCAUCCUGCCAUAUGUCGACUUUGGCAAGAACCUGGAGGUCUUUGACUUGACCUUAGAGAACAGAGUGAUUUAUGGGGAUGAGAUUGUUCUCGAUGCUGCAAAGGCGAUCAAAGAAGCAGGAGUUGGCAUCAAAUGUGCGACGAUAACUCCCGAUGAGAAAAAAUGCGAAGAAAUCGGCAAAGUGCUCCGCUCUCCGAAUCAUAUUAUUAGAGAAUAUCUCGGUGGCAUCAUUUUACGCGAGCCAGUGAUCUGCGAAAAUAUUCCUAAAAUCAUCAAGAGUUGGGUCAACCCGAUUUAUAUUGCAAGACAUGCAUAUGCUGGAAAUAAGGAUGUUCAUGAAAUGUGCAUCGAGGGAAAAGGUCAACUGAAGCUGAGUUUCGUGGAUGAAAUCAGCGGAGUUCAAACCGAAAAGAUCAUCGCCGAAGAAACGAAAGAUGGCGUUAUUGGCGCGACUUUCAUCGAAGAGUAUGCGAUCCGAGCAUUUGCUCGGGGAUCGAUGGAGUUUGCUGUUGAAAAAUGUCUUCCUCUCUUUCUAUCGACGAAAUCGACGAUUUUGAAAAAUUACGAUGGGCUCUAUCAGAGAGUAUUCCAAGAAGUCUAUGAAAACGAGUUCAAAAGUCGAUUCGAAGAACGCGGUAUUUUCUACAACUUCAUUUUGAUCGAUGCGAUGGUUGCCAAAGCCAUGAAGUCAAAAGGAGGAUUUGUCUGGGCGAUGAAAAAUUACGAUGGGGAUGUACAAUCAGACUUCGUAUCCCAAGGAUUUGGUUCGCUCGGACUAACAUCAUCAUACUUGAUGACAGACGACAAGAAGGUCAUCCAGACUGAAGCUUGCCACGGAACUGUGAAAAAUCAUUUCAAAAAGUAUCUCCGCGGAGAGCCAACGUCAACUAACCCUAUCGCUUCAAUCUUCGCCUGGACGAAAGCGCUGGCUCAUCGAGGUCAACUCGACAAAAACGAAGAACUCGUUAAAUUUACUGAAAUUGUCGAAAAAGUUUGUAUUGCUACAAUCGAAUCUGGCUGCAUGACGAAAGAUCUCGCCGCCGCGCUGAAAAACAACGAAUUCGAGUCCAUGACCGAGAACGACUACUUGACUACUUUCGAAUUUCUCGACAAGAUCGCGCAAAAUUUGCGUUCCUGUAUGAUCCUUCCCAAAAUGAACAUUUAG